AUGAAUAAUCUAGCGGGUACUCAAGCAAGCGUCGUGGGAAUAGCAGGCUCUGGAGCCCGAUUUCAGAGUCUGAGUGAUUUUGAAAAAGAGCAGGAUGAAUUGCAAGCUCGGAUUGACCAAGAUAAUCUCAACGCACAACCCACAAGAUCUCGUACUGGCUUACCAGCCGCCAGCAGACCUAGGAAUGUGCCAGAUGUCAGUGGUAUCCUACUUGAAGAGCAAGCGUUGCAAGAAAUGGGCAGCAUAAACUGGGUCGGAAAACUACUGGAGUACCAUCAAGCCAAUGCCAUCAACCCACUACCAGAGUAUACAGAGCAUCAGGUCUCCGAACAGCGAUUCCGCUGUUCCGUAACCAUCCAACAAAAGACCGAGCCCAUCACCACCUUAGCAUCCUUCAGCAACAAAAAAGAUGCCAAAAAAUUCAUCUCCAAACUCGCCGUCGAUUGGCUUAUAUCACAGAACCUCAUGCCUUCUACUGGCGACGUCAGAUUUCCCAAGACACCAAUUGCAGCACCAAUUCCAGAUGCUCGCGAGAGAAGCACCUCUCCAACACCGUAUCCCAGUCUCGUCCCCAGACUCUGCAUCGCCCUUGGUUUCAACCCUCCGGCAUAUAGACUCACGCGCAUGUCAGAAGGCACCUCACUUUACGAAAUCUAUGCAGAUUUUGGAUCUGAUCCCCGAAUCGACGGCCCUGUAGGAAAACUCACAAACAUCUACGGCAGGAAUAGAGCUAAAGAAGCCUGCGCAAAAGAAGUUUUUAUGUUCUUGAAGGCGUUUGAAAGAUCGAGGGAAGCAGGUAUUGCAGCUCAGCAGGGAGAGGAGAGGAGGAGUGAGGAGGAGCCCCAACCUCAGCAUGAGGACUCGGGUUCGAAUGCGAAUGAUCAGUAUAGUGUCGUUCUGGUAUUUAAGAAUGGUUAA